AUGAGUACACUCAUAACACAUAUGAGUACAAAGAGAGGAGAAGGAGAUGAUGGAGAAACAAGUGUCAACGCAAACACUUCUCCUUCUUCUCUAGAAGCUGCAGAUAUUAUAGAUAAUAGUAAUAAUAAUAAUAAUAAUAAUAAUUUAAAUACACCUGUAAAACAACAACACCAACAACAACAACUACAAAAUAAUCUAUUAUCACCUACUUUGAUGUCAAAUGGUGUUCCCAAUAUCGAUCUUGUAAAGACAUCAUUGGUAAAGAAUCGUGUAGAGAUUGACUUUUCUGCAAAGGCUAUCAAAGAGGGUUUAUUCUCAAUGUGGACAUCUUGUGCUGAUAAUAAAGUGAACUAUGCCUCAAAAGAUUUAACAAUCAAGAUAGAUCCACCACAAUUAGUUUUUGGAGAUAGUACAAGUACAUCCAUUACUUCUAGUACCAUUGUCAAUGGUGCUGGUAUUUUAAAUAAUGCUUCUUCAUCAUCGUCAUCUGGUCAAGGAUUGACAAUGUUAAUGAAAAACAGUGCUUCUGCCAACCAAACAACAACUGGUACUAGUAUCAAAGAAGAAGAUGCAGUGGCAGCAUUUGAAUACAUUCAUCAUUGUAUCUUUUUUGGGUUAUCAUCAAUGAAGAAAGAUGUCAUUCAACAGAUGGACAAUUAUUUCAUACAUAUAAUCAAAGACAAUCCAAGUAAUGUAAAAUCGAUUCUCACAUGUCUCUUUGAUAUCUUUACCUAUUAUCGUUCGAUUUCAAAGGCAGAAGAGGCAAACGAUGCCAAGAGAUUCUCUGCAUUGUCUUUGGCUUUGGAUAGAUUUAUUGAAGAGACUCUAUCAAAUGGGCUUCGUGAUGCUAGCGAGUUUUCACUUUCUCAUCUUCAAAAACAAUUCAAUGCUCAUCUAACAGAGCAAUUAAAGAAAAUGGGCAACCAAGACUCUUCACUUUUUAAUGAUGCCAUCCAAAAAUUUAAUUACAUACUUUCACAAUCGGUAGAGAUGGUAGAGUCUAUCGAAAAAAGCAAAAUCAUUUCAAAAGCAAUGAAACUUGAUACCUAUCAUGAAAAAAUUGCUCGUCAAAAGUCAAAGUCUCUCAGUAACAAAGAGUUUUUCUUGUUUCAUUUAAAAUAUAGAAAGAUGAACAUUGAUUCAAGACCAUUUUAUGGAAGAGCCAAUUUUUCUUCAGACAAAUCAUUUUUACAAUGGAAAAAGGUUGAAGAAAACAAUUUACAGAAACUAUCACAACAGUUGCAACCAAAGGAAGAAUAUUUAAAGUCUGUAUGGGGAAUUAAAUACAAGGAAAAGGAUACGAUUGGUGUCAUUGCAAUCAAGGUAGUACAAGCUCGUGACCUCAUCAACAAAGAAGGUAGUAUAGUCAAACCAGAACCUCAUAUUGAAAUCGAAUUUGAAAAUGAAAAAAAACGAACCAGAAAAGUGAAUGGCUUAAAUCCAGUAUGGAAAGAACAUUUUAAUUUUCAAAUAACAAAACAAAAUCAAAACCUUGAAAUUGAAUUUAGUGUUUGGGAUGGUCAAGGUACCGAAUCAUCCAAAGUAUUCCUUGGCAAAUGUAAAUUUACCAUUCGAGAAUUAAUGAACUAUGUAAAGCGUGAAGUAAGUUGGGUUCCUUUGCAAAAGAGAUCCUCUCGAUCAAAAGUCAGUGGUGAUCUUAAACUACAGUUUCAUUUUCUCGAUUACCCCGAUCCAAAGUCACCCUAUCCAAACCAUUUCCAUUACUAUAGAAUAUUAUUGGAAAAACUAUUAUCAAUUGAUAUUCAGCAACAACAGCAACAACAGGGUAGUGACAUUGGAUCGGGUUCACCCAAUAGUAGUAGCCCAAAUAAUCUAAGUGGUGCCAAUAGAGUUUUACCUUUUCGUCGAAAAGCAAUUGACAUUACCAAACCAAUAUCUUUACUUUCAAACCAAUCGACACAAAUUUUAAAGGAUUACGCAGAAAGAUAUGGUUUAUUGGAACAUACAACAAAAUUAAUUUUGGUAGAAUACUUAAUUAAAUUGAUUAUUGAUGACAUGGCAUUGGAAUAUAUACCAGAGGUUAGAGGAAUAUUAAAAUAUAUUUUGGAGAUCAAGUUUAGUGAUUUUUGUGGUUUAACAAUAAUAGAGGAAAAGAUUUUAAAGGAACUGGUAGAAAAGUUAUCAGUUGCAUGCAACACUUGGAUUUCACAUUUCCACACUGUCUUUCCACUAAACACCCCAACUGGUUCAUUACGAAUGCUCAUAGAUAUUUUUUACCUCCUACGUAGCAGCGAGCUAUGUCAACUAACACCAUUACCGCACAUUAUCAAAGAAAUGUACGAAAAGAGAUUUAACCAAGCAAUCAUUAUGGCCCAAACCAUGACCAAAGGCACUCAACUGGGCAGGGCAAGCACGAUCAUAAGGGUUUGCGAUAUUUUAUUGGCCAACUUGGAUAUCGAUGUUAAAUAUUUUGCAAGAGACUUUCCGACAAGUGAAGUUAAUAUUUUAACUGUUUCCAUUCAAGUGUAUAAUGAUCUAUUGGAAAAAGAAAUUGACAAACUAACAGAACAUGGGGCAAAUAAUCUUCAAGAGUUGACAGAAUUUCUAGAAUUGUAUUUCAAGUUGAAAGAAACUAUGAUUAAAUUUAAAGAUAUUGACCAAAAACUGGCACUUUUACCAAUUCCAAUUUUAUUUAAACAAUGUGUUUUACAGUGGACACUUCAUUCAGCCGAUCAAUUACAACAAUUAAUUGAUAAGUUAUGUCAAAAUGAAGAGUGGACACCAGUUUCCGAUGAUACUUUGCACAGCAAAUCUGUUGGGGAGGUAUUUUUAGGAUGUUAUCAUGCAUUGGAUGUCAUCAAAUCUCUUAGAUGGGAGGACUUUCAAAAAUUCCACAAAGAUGGCGAGCACUCAUUGUUUGAAAUCUUUACCAAUUUUACAGUUGUCAUUUCAGAGAGUAUUAUUUACUAUACUACUGUUAUUCGCGACCUUUCUCUCAAGGCUUUGGACGAGGCAGCUGACGAUAUCUUUUUGCUUUCAGACUCUUACAGCCAAGAUUUGGUACAAACCAUCCAAACAGUCUCUUUACGAUUUAAUAAUAUUCAAGCUUGUCUCGGACAUACAGAGGAUUUGAUUUCUGUCCUCUUGAGGAUUAUGGCAUCUUAUCGUUUGUCACCAUCCAUUGUAAAUGAAAUGUCUCGUCAUACAUAUAAAGCUAUCAAUGAUAAUGUCAGAACCUUGGUUGACCGAAUUUAUAAUAGAUUAUCACCUGUUAUUAUUGGAGAGAUUUAUAAUAUUGUAGGUAUAGAUUUGGAUAAAUCCAAAAAUUUUGUAGUUGGAUUUUUUAAACAAAUCGAAAAGAAUAUCGACCAGCUAUCAAAUACCAACAAUCAAAUGCCAGUUUCUGUUCAACUCACCCCACUUCUCCAGUACAUUGCUUCCAAACUGCAAUUGUUUUCUCAACAUCUUUACUACCCCUUGACAAAACAAUUACUAAAAAGACUUUGGGCUGGUAUCAUUAAUAUUCUAGAUGAUAUGAUAUUCCCAAAAAAUAAGAAUUUAGAGUUAUCAAGUUAUCAAUUGGAUAUGAUAGAUGGAAUGGUUAAAUGUUUUGGAGAGUUUUUCUAUAUUGACGGCGAGGGCCUAACUCAAAAGGCAAUUGAUAAACAAUCUGAAAGAUUUAUCAUUAUUAUUAUGGCCUAUAGAGAAGCAAUUAAUAGUGGCGUUCGAAACUUUGAUCCUUUGGGUCUCAAGAAUGCAUUAAAAAAUAUCAAUCUUGCCAACCUCAGACCCGAUCUUGGUGCCCUCAAAAAGUUAAAUAUUAAUCUAAAAGGUAUACCAAAACAAUUGGACAUAUUCUCUCUCAUCAAAAACACGAUUGAAAGAAAACAAAAAGAAAGAAAAGAAAGAGAAGAUGGAACACAAAGUAGAAAAAGUUUUAACAUUCCCAAACUAAAAUUACCUUUUAAAAUUGUAUUAAACAAGUAA